CUUCCUCCUCAUCCUCCUCUAGGUCGCUCGCAUAAAAAGCUCGUCGCGAAAACCGCGUCGUAGUUUUUUGUGGCUUCUAACUGUAGUGCGUCCAACGAGUAACAGUCCUCUCAAGGUGUCGGACAUGGCGCGCGCGAUUCUGAGCGCUGUCGUCUGCUUGUGUCUUCUGCUAUGCGUCGCAGCGAUUGAACGGGAAGGUGUCGAUGACAGUGGGUCACGUCAAGGUUCAACGAGAAGAGGAGGAAGAUUUUUGAGUUUCCUCUUUCCGCAAAGUGUGCAUCGUCGCCUCAACCGCUGGGGAAGACCCGACGUACGGGAGGUCGCUCCGACCGAGGAACAGGUCGGCGACGGGGACGGCGUCGUGUGGAACGGCGGAGGUGCCUCGGCUGUCUUCGUCGAUGCUCCCGGAAGGAACCAGUGGGAAAGGGAAGACGGAUCCACGGGCAUUUUCAGCAUCGGAUUCCCACCUUUCGAACCGUGGUGGAAAGGACCUCACAUCUGCCAGAUCAGGAAUGAAGUGGAAGACGACACGGAAUCAAAUUCCACUCUACCUUUGGGAUUCAAUUUCCACUCGAAGCAAUGUCAAGAGACGGAUACGUCAUUCGUCUGCACAACAAAAAUAAAGAACACUAACGAGAGCAAGACAAUCACUGAGAAGUAUGUCUGUUGCCAUGGCUACCAGCGAAGAAAGGACGGAGGUCCGGGAUGCGCGGAAGUGAACCUGAAGGACAUCAUGACAACCAUGAAGGACAUCGGCGCCUCCAAGUUUGUUGAACUCAUCGACAGCGCGCGAAUGGGGGAGGAGUUCAAGAAGACGAAUGUGACCGUGUUCAGCCCCACGAACAUCGCGCUCAAGGACUUCGAACACACGAAUGAAGUGAGUAACACAGCUGAAGAUAAGCACGCGGAUACAGUGAAGAACCACGUUGUGAAAGGAAUGAUAAUGAGCAGCGACCUCACCGAUGAAAUGGUGCUCGAAACUGUUAAUGGGAGGUCCUCCAUUAGGAUCAACGAAUUCUACAAUCCCGGAAAGGUGUUGACAGCGAACUGCGUACCAGUCGUGUCCUACGACAACGUUGCACAGAACGGAGUUGUGCAUGUGGUGGACGAAACCCUUCCCGCUCCCAGUCGAACGCUGUACGAAAUCAUCAACCAAAAUGCUCAAUUCAGCACCCUGAAGUCACUAUUGGCUACCGCUGGCCUCGAAGAGAUGCUCAAGGAUCCCAAAGGGCAUUACACAAUCCUGGCUCCCAACGACGUGGCGUUCUCCAAAGUCAGCCCGGAAACUCUUCAGAAAUGGAAGAAUGGAGAGUCUUGCAUGAGCAAACUUCUGAGGGGUCACGUGCUGCCUCACGUGAUCUGCACCACUGCGAUCCCGUCCUCCGCUCGUGUGCGCAACGUGGACAACCAGCCAAUCACGAUGGAGGUCGACGGCGAAAAGCUGUAUGCGGAUGGCGUCAGUGUCGUGACACGUGACAUUAUGGGUACCAAUGGAGUUCUACACGUCGUCGACGAACUUUUAAUGUCCCAAGAAAGUAAGUCGUUGAUGCAGACCCUCAGGGACAACAAGAUGGCUGACCUGGUGCACCUCAUCGAGAGUGCCAACAUGACUGCAGAGUUUGAUACCCUGGACAACUUCACAUUCUUCGCCCCUUCGCCUGAAGCACUCAAGGAAGUGUCACUGAAGGAAUGGGAAGACAUGAAAGCCAGCUCCAAGCUAGCCGAGACGUUCAGGUUCCACACCGUUCAGUCAAAGCUUGGUCCGCGAAGCUUCUUCAACAACAUGGUUCUUCCAACAGCUUCUGGACAGAAUAAAAUUCGCGUUAAUGUGUUUCCCAAGGUUUUCAGCUUCGAAAGGCCCACUGUCACCGCCCAGUGUGCCCGCAUCCUCAGCGCCAGCAACCCGGUCUGUGGAGGUACCGUGUACCUUGUAGAUAAGAUUCUCGAACCGCCACAUUCAGACGUUCUAACAACCAUGGAAGGUGCUGGAAAUUACAAGACGUUCCUCAGCUUGGUCAAGAGAGCUGGCAUGGAAGCUCAGCUCAGGGGUAACACAGGCCCCUUCACGGUGUUGGCCCCAACAGAUGCAGCCUUCCGGAGGUUGCCAAAGAAAGUUAUGGACUCAAUCAAGGAUGAUGAGGUGGAAUCGCUCGUCAAACAACAUAUCUUGCCCGAAGUCGCAUGCACGAGCGGUGUCUCACACAACGGCUUCCUCAACCGCCAGGAGUACCGCAGCCUGGAAGGUACGACAGUACCCACCCAGAGGAGCCUGCGCGGCAACGUGUACUUCGGCGGUUCGCGCGUCACCAAAGGGGACACGAUGGCCACGAACGGUGUUGUGCACGGACUGGACAGAGCUCUCAACCUUCAAACAGAGGAGGAAAGAUUUGGUUUCGGUUUCGAUUUCCACCCGUUCUUCAGGCCGCUGUAAAUGUUGGUGUUUUCUCUUAGCCUUGCAACCAUCAUGGAAGCGUCUGUAGUUCCCAAAAACAAUCUAGAGUGCCGCUAGCAUAUUUUGGAUAGCCAGCUGGUUAUAUUAUUAGUUCUCCUCCACGAGUGUCACACACUGCAAACAUGAACACAUCUACUCAGUUGACACACCCGGUAACACCCACAACGUUACAGUUAUUGUGCCAACACAAGUGUUAUUGUUCUUAUAGUUUUGCCUCCUCGUAAAAUGUAUUUGGAAACAAGUGAGAUUUAGUACGCUGUGAUUUACCUUUCGCUUUUUGAGAAUUCCAUGUAAGUCAUCGACUUCGAUCAGCGAAUAUGAUCUAUUUUUAGUGGACGAAACAGUUUGUCCACUUGCCUUCACUCAACUACGGCCCUGGUGGCAUUAUCUUCAAUGUCUUGAUAUUUUGUACAUAUGAAUCAUUCACUUUGAGUCACAGACACAAGUCGCCGUAGAGCAGUACGAUUUUGAUAACGCGUUACGUUUGAGAGUGACGACUCGCAACUAGCGAAGUUGGCCCUCUACGAUGUGGCUUGCAUCGAUUGCUUGGCUCUUCCCUGUGAUGCGUAAUAUACAACGAGUCGCGCGUAUGUGCCUGGUGCAUAAACGAGCUUGAUGCGAUUUUUUUUUUGUGCUAAUCAAUCAUUGUAUGUUAUUUAUGAGAUUGAAUAAAAGGAAGGAAUUUCGGCCUUUUC